AUGUCCGAAGGGUCCACGGCACGCAUAGGUGGCUUUGGAGCCGGUGGAGCCGGUGGAGCCACCACUGGAUGGGCAGCAGGUGGCUCCCGCUUGGUCUCUGGUUCCGGUUCUGGUUGCAAAGUGCAACUUUCCUCUUGUGGGCGAGCUGCAGGCGGUAAUGAGGAAGUUGCAGUAGAACCGUUACCUGGUCUUGGUGGGGGCUGGAUCUUGGAAGUAUCUGGUAACUCAAACUUUUUGGGUGGUUCCUUAACCUCUGUGCUCGUUCUCGAUGGCAGGCUUGGUUUCUGCGGUCCGGCAUUAAAUUGCUGGGGUGACUGCUGUUGGUCAAGCUUGACAGUUGGAGGUGGGGGCUGGAUCUUGCUGAUGUCUGGAAGUUCGUAUUUGCGUGGUGGCUCUGUGGUUUCAGAGUUGGUUCUCGAAAUGCCAUUAUUCUUGGAGCCACCAGUAGCAACGGGAGACACCAGCGAAGACGCAGACGGCGACGAGAUGGAUUGGGCCUUCUGCACUGCAGACAUCUUGGCCUUCUGCUGCGAUUCCUCCUUCAUCUUCUGCAUUCUGAUUUUGAAAUCUCUGUCCCUUUCAUUCUUUCGCUGCUCGGCCUCUGUUCUCUUUGCCUUUGGUGGUGGAGGCCCGUACUUGGUGAUGUCAAACUCCAUCAAAGACUGCUUGAACUUUGGCUCUUCGACGGGUGGCAGUCCAUUUUUUUUCUUGGCAGCAGCCGGGUCCGCUCCUGAUGGAGAGAAUGUCGAUGCAGAAGUCACUGACUGUGCAUCAGAGCUCUCUUGA